AUGCUGCCGGACUCAUCUGAUCGGAGCUACAAGGCAGGGUGGCGGUUGGAGAAUCCCCACCAAAGCGGAUGCAACAUAAGAGGCAUAGGGUUAGGUUCAAGAGUUCCUACAAUUGUGAAUGCUCUUGAAAAGUUGGAGCUUACUCCAAAGUUUCGAGGAUCUGAAAUUGUUCAACUUCAAAAUUUUAGAACAGCUACAGCAGAAGAUGUUGCAAGUGUACAUACCAAAUCUUAUAUUUUUGGCCUUGAGAAGUUCAAUGGUAUAUCAGUUCACGUUGUUUGUGCCAUUUUGCUAUAUAUCCUCAAUCAAGGUAUUAGGGAAAAGAGCCCAAAGACAAAGUCACGAAGGAAUUUUUGUGGGUGGUGGAGAACUUGGAACAAUGGAAUAGGUUCUCGUGGGGGAGUUAUCUAUGGAGUAAAACAUACCCUAUAUUAUUGGAUAUGGAUAUGGGAGAUGUUCCCACUAGCUCGGGGGAAUGCUGCGAUACAACGAAAUAAUUUAUAUCCUCGUAUCUUGCGGUGGUUUCACCUUAGUAUGUUAUCUUGGGAGAAAGUUUGCGAUCAUUUCGAUGUUGACCAGAACAAGGCACAUCAACCCAGAAGAAAGAUGAUUGCAUCAGAUGUCGAGUCAUCUACUGCACAUUAUUUGACAUAUAUUACUAGUCUGAAUCCUGAAUCGUCUGAAGUCCCUUCUUCUGUACGCUACAACUUUAGAAAAGAAGGGAAUGAGAAUGUGGAUGGUACUUAUCACAUGCCAAACCCGGUGAUCCAACAAUUCGGUAGUCCACGGAAUUCAAAUCGAGUAAACGAGGAUGAUGAUGUUGAUUGUAGAAAACAAAAACAAAUCAUGAAGAAGAAGAAGAAAAAGAAGGUUUUUGCUAGCGACAUUGUGGAUGCGGAAAAUCAUAUAGCCGUGCCUCGUGUUGCAAAACCAAGGUGUCCGGUUAGGGUAUUGAAACCUUCUCAACAUCUUAGCUCUCCAUACGUUUCUGUUCAAAAUGCUCCCCGAUAUCGUCCGGGUGGGGUAAUACGCAAUGAACCACCACCCCCUGUAUCUUUUAGCGAUCCCCCGACAAUUUUAUUGGGGUCAUAUGGUAAUCCUGGUUGUACCGCCCCUUCUUUAUAUAUGGGAAACAAGCCGGUUGUUUUUUUGAAACAUCGGUUGUACAAUGAAAGAAUCGAAACAAGAUUUUGGGAUCUGCUUUUUUAUGAAAGUGACUUGGGAUUUUUAGAUGAAGCGAUAUGA